GGGAAAUUGCCGAAGCAAGAUAAAUCACAUCUUCUUUGUUCUCACUGCGGUUAUAAAGGACAUGAAGUGACCUCGUGCUUUGAAUUGCGUGGAUACCCUGAGUGGUGGGGCAGUAGGCCACGUGGGAAGAUUAAAGGACCUGGGAACAAGAAAAGUGUUGCUGUCAGCGAAAAUCCUUCUUCCUCAAAAUUCAAAGCUCAUGCCACUACACUGCCAUGUCACAUAUCCGAAUCAGGGAAUGUAGGUGCUUCACAAAUCAAUGACUCUGGUACGUUGACUUCACUUCCAGGGGGCGGUGGGUUCACAAAUGAGCAGUGGAAAACAAUUCUUGCCACGAUCAGUGCUACUCAAACUAAUUCUGGUAAAACAUCGGCUCCUUGUGAUCGAAUGACGGGACCUACACUCGAGGAAGCUGAUUGGGAUGGGUGAACGGAGGAACGGACUUUACUAUUUUCAGCAUCAACUUCAAAUUUCUUCGGUUAAUGCCGUGAACCUUACAGCUGAUCUUUGGCAUCGUCGUAUGGGGCAUCCUGCCGGGCAAAUUGUGAAGACACUUUUUCACACUAAUGAUAGUGUCACUUUUCCCUGUGAUAUUUGUUUUCGUGCUAAACAGACAAGAAACUCUUUUACUCUGAGUGAUAAUAAAUCAUCUGCAAUUUUUGAUUUAAUUCAUUGUGAUCUAUGGGGUCCUUAUAAUACGCCAGCUACGUGUGGGGCAAAAAGCUUCUUGACUAUUGUGGAUGAUUUUUCUCGUGC